GUUGUCGGCGUUACCUGAGAAUGUGAGCGGUUCAUCGGAUGAUUCGGAUGUUGAGAAUGGCUGUGCGCAACGUCCAUCGACAAGUAAACGAGCGGCGGCAACUGCUCGACGCGUUUCCAAUGGCACGAAUAAUGCUGCUAGUGCAAGCGUUUUCUCGGGUCCUAGUACUGCAGCUGGAAGUUCAAGCGGAGCUGCAGCAGAACGCAGUGGUCGGCAACGGGCGCUCUCAUCAUCAUCCACCGAAAGUGGUGGCACUUAUAUUGCCGAU